UUAUUAAUUGUACAUUAGAUAUGUGGGAUGCUAGGAGUCAUGUACCUACAGUUGACGUACUUAAUUAAUUGCACUGGUAGGUGAAGUGGUCGGGAUUCGGGAACGUUGAAGCAAAGCAACUGUUAUUUUGCAAACUACGCCGUGGCAGUUUGGUUCUCGUCGUUAGUCGUAGUACGUAAAUAUCCGAUUCGCGCAAGUGAAAGCCAUACAGAAUAAAUUCAAGUCGCUUAAUUUGCCAAAAAAAAAAUUGAAAUAAAUAACGUUGGAGGGUUCAGUAUGCAUUCGGCUGGUGCUAGUACCGAGAAUGUAAGGGAGAUGAGGCCCUUAAAAAGGCAACGAACGACGAUCGUAAAGACGCCGCCGGUAGAUAUUGAAUUUCAAGAUCUGGAGUACUCUGUUCGCGAAGCAGGAUUUCGUGCAGCCCCAAAGAAAAUCUUGAGCUCUGUUAGCGGGAAAUUUUCUUCUGGAGAACUAACAGCCAUUUUAGGUCCAAGCGGAUCAGGAAAAACAACUCUAUUAAAUAUUCUCGCUGGAUAUGUAACCAGCGGUGUAACAGGCACGAUAUCUGUAAAUGGAAAACCAAGAGAUUUGAAACGGUUCCACAAAAUGUGCGCUUAUAUUAUGCAAGAGGACUUAUUGCCGCAAUUGAUGACCGUAGACGAACUAAUGAUCGUUGCGGCAAAAUUGAAGUUAGGCGACAAUGUUUCUGCGGAACAGCAAAGGGAAACCGUAAAUGGGAUCUUAAAAAUGUUAGGCUUAGAGUCUUGUAGGCAAACCAGAACUGAAGCCAUCUCCGGUGGGCAAAGGAAGCGUCUUUCCGUUGCAGUUGAGUUGGUCAAUAACCCACCAAUAAUUCUUUUGGAUGAGCCUACAAGUGGAUUGGACACUGUGGCCGUAAAUAAUUGCAUCGAUGUUUUUGAGGUGUUGGCUGCGCAAGGAAGAACAGUGAUCUGUACUAUACAUCAACCUCCCGCAUCUGUCUUUCAAAAAUUUCACCAAACAUACUUUCUUGCCGAUGGAAUUUGCGUUUACAAUGGCACAAUAUCGGAAAUCGUACCGCAUUUGGCGUCGGUGGGUAUUACCUGCCCCGUAACGUAUACUCCAUCGGAAUACAUUAUCGAAGUUACUCACGGUAACAAAGAAUGUUCCUCCGCUUUAUCUCAGGUUAUACACAAUGGUAAAUCUAACAGGAAAGGCAUGUCUGACCAAUACAUUACCAGAAGAGGUGUUUACGAAGACACAACGGAAGUUAAAUUAAAUUUUAACUUCCCCACAUCGUUCUGGUCACAAUUUUGUAUUUUGUACGCGCGAAUGUUAUUACAACUUAGCAGAAAUAAGGCUGGCAUUUCCCUACAGUUGUUUAGUCACAGUGUCGCCGCGGUUCUAUUAGGAACCUUAUUUUUUGGAAUAGGAAAUAAUGCAGAAAUGGCUUUAGGAAAUUUCUUCUUCUGUUUAGCCGUGUGUAUGUUUUUUAUAUUUACCUAUUUGAUGACGCCCGCGAUAACAUAUCCCACCGAAAUAAAGAUACUAAAAAGGGAAUACUUUAAUCGAUGGUACGGGUUAAAACCUUAUUUCCUGGCAGUAACACUUCAAAAUGUUCCGCUUUUGCUUACUUUAGGGAUUUUGGUCAUCUUGGUUACAUACGGACUUACUUAUCAGCCCGUUGAAGUUACACGCUUCUGCUAUUUUAUGCUUACCGGAAUUUUAAUUGCAAUUGCCACGGAAGGUUUAGGUUUAGCAGUGGGUUCCAUAUUUAAUGUUGCUAAUGGCACGGUGGUGGCAUCUGCAAUAGCCGCUCCCUUAGUAAUCCUUUGCGUGUACGGAAUGGGUUAUGGAAGUACAAUUGAAUCGUACAUGAAAGUAAUAAUGGGUAUCAGUUACGUGCGGUUCGGAGUAGUGGCAGCAAUGACCGCAAUAUUUCAAGACAGGGGACCGUUUGAUUGCUUUCACGAGUAUUAUUGUCACUACAAGGAUCCAAAUCAAAUGUUGAAAGAUUUAGGAAUGUUAGACGCAUCGUAUAGUAUAAAUAUGUUAGCUUUAGGCAUUUACGCAUUAAUUUUUCGACUAAUUGCAUUUUUAGCAAUACGAUAUCGUUUGACCUCGCAAUUCUCGACAAGUACAAUUUCUAAUUAUGUUAAUAAAAUUUUAGAACAUUAACAGAUGUCUCACUUACCCUCUCCUAAGUCACACUUCC